CGGGCCAGCCCCGAUAGGACGAGACAUGCGUUACUUGGCCCUGUUCGUCGCCCUGAUGGGCCUUGCUGGCUUCGCCAGCGCCCAGGGCAGUGAGAGAAUCCCGACCAUCUACCGCAACCAGUACGAGUACCGCGCGGAUGUGUCGUGCCCGGUCGAGUACGUCGAAGACCUGUCCGCCACGCCGCGUCCCGGCUACCGCGUCUGCACCAAGGGAAACAUCGCUAAUUGCCCGCAAGGUUCCGUUUGGUACGCCAACAUCCCAGGAAGGUGCCAGAAGUGCGUGUGUGACACGGCGCAGGGCUCGCUCUAUGUGGCACACUGCAACAAGGUGGACUGCGACACGCUGCCCGAACGCUCCCCCAUCCCGGGUACCGGCAUCUUGAAGGAACGCCGCCUUCGACAGAACUGCGGCCGGAGGAAAACGAAGGUCUGCUUAAAUGAGUCGUGCAAGUACCUGGCCCGAGACCGCCGCUGCGUGUACUGCGACUGUGAGAACAAAAUCACGCUCACCCCUGCCUAACUGAGUCGGACUCGGCCACGAAGCGCAACGCGGCGGCGCCCGCGGCCAGCGCAGAUGGCCGCAGCUCCGGCAGCGACAACGUGCGAUGACCCGCCGGGGGCCAGCUCAAUGGCCCCCGGCCAUUGAAAUAAAUGUUCGUGUCGGAUAAAA